AUGCUCUCGUCUCCUCCACCAACAUCGUCUUAUACCGCUCUCGCUAUGAAACGGCAGUCGCUGAGUGGACCUAAACCAUUGCAGCUUGUGGAAGGACAGGUGUCGUCCCCAGCAAGUCCACGACCCGCGCCCAGUAGCUUUCGAGACCCAAACGUUCGCCGACAGUCAUCAAUAUCUUACAAUAAUACAGACAGCACAGACAGACCAAGGAUGGCAAAGCGGAACUCAUGGAAUGGGACACCGCAAGAGACUCGUCCAACGACACCGCUUACAUUGGUCGAAAAGCACGCGGACCUGCUACAAUUUAUCGCGCAAAAAGAGUCGAAAUGUCUCGACCUGCGUAGUCAGUUAGCAGCUCAUGAAGCAGAAUUAUUGCAGCUCAAGAAGAAAUGGGAGCGAAUUGUAGAGAGGAGCUACAGCAAAACGCAUCCAAGUGCAGCAUACAACCCGGAAUCUCCUUCAGCGUCCCUCUAUACAACCGCUUCACUGUCAUACCUCGACUCGCUCGUCACCAACACUGGCAAACUGCUUGGUCUCCCUCACACGCCAUCGCUGAGUGUCUCCUCCUCCACAACGGAGUCGUCCUCCUCCACCGAUGUUGCUGUCGCUUCCACUAAACGCCGCCGUCCAGACGACAUCCUCAUCGUGACCGACACAGGUGCUACUCCCCUCUGUUCCCCCAACAGCGAGUUUGAGGCUUACUUUGGCGACAAUUCAACCCAUCGUUCCAACUCUCUUGACAUCCACCCCUCGCCAUCAGAUCUUCGUCCCCGCAAGCCAAAACCGCCCACUGACCCGCAGCGCCCUCCGUCUAGGAAGCGAAUGUCUCUUCCUGUCCUGCCGCGUGAGGACGUUUGGUUAAAGAAAUGGGAUGCCCUCUCAAAAUCGCCCAUGGAAAUCCCAAAACGCGCUUCCAUAUUCUUUUCCCACCUUUCCCAAGUUGUCAGCGUUCAACCCCCUACUCUCAACACCAACGCCAACACCAAUCCAACUUCUCCUUCCCUACUCGACGAAGCCGUCCCUCCCAUAUCCUCUUCUCCCGCUUUGGUACCCGCAUUUUCUCCUUCACGAGUCACUACACCAAAAGUAGACGACGACGACGACGACGACGAUGACGAAUGGAACUGGUAG